AAUUAUAAUUGUAUAACAACAGAGAGCGUUUAGGUUUGGGUCUGAAGAGGAACAGGCAUCUUCAUCGUGAAGACCCACAACCCUGACUGCCAGCCAUAGCCCCAAUCCCCUCAAUUGUCUUCUCCCCCUCCUCACACCAUGAAGUCCAUCUUCUAAGCCCGAUGUCUUCGAUCCCCAAGCUUCCGGUUUUACUUGCAAAUCAGCCCGUCAUCAUGUUAGCCACCGCCGCUGCCGCCGCCUCUUUUUGGCUUCGUCCCAGUCGGAGCCGCUUUUUCAUUCUCUUGCUUUGUUCCCCCCUCCUCGUUCCCAUUUUCUGCGCUACUUUCCCCAUCAUCUGUGCCAUAGAGCUCUGCAUCCGCCUUGCUCGUCACAGGAUAAGGAUAUGUCUUCGCGAUUCCCCAGAAAGCGAACGGUUGCGGCGAUGUGAGGAAGGCGGCUGCAGAUCAGCGCUCCCGGAGAAGGUUGGCGAUGACGGGGAGGAGGAUAUCGGCCUAUUACCGAGGUACUUGGAUGAUCAGCUACUGCUUGUUCGAUCUGUUUAUGUAUGUGGGGAUUGUGCCGACGACUUAAGUGGGGAUGCUCGAUUUUGUGACAUUGAAAAUAGCAAUUUGAUUCCACUAUUAGGCUGAUACCAAUUCACUUUUUUUUUUUUCUUUUUAAAGUUUCGUUUUGAUUUUUCUGUUGUAAGUGUAAAAUAAUGUAAUUAAAUCAUUGAAAUUUUAUGAAUUUCUAACAAGUUUAGCGAGCUUA